GGCCAGCUAGUCCCGAGCCGCCUCCACCCCGGAGCCGCGCGCCUGCGAAGACCCACAGGCAGUGGCGCGGGCCGAUGACGUCAGACAGGCGACGCGGUUCCGGUCGCUGCCUGAGUCGCGGGGGCCGCCGCUGAGGGGGCUUUGGAAGCGCUGUGGUGGUUCUGGCCGUGGCGGGUGGGCGCUGCCGCGCGCCGAAACAGUCUUGGGGAAAAAAGACUUAGUUUACAAAUUCAAGCUUCUUUAGGCAAGAUCCACUAAAGCCAUCGGAAAGCAAAUGUCGUCAGAAAUGCCAGCAGAAAAUCUGUUACCCACAGAUAUUCCUGAUGUGGAAGAAAAGAUUAAUUCAAAUGACAAUCAAGGCAAGAAAGGGGAGCCAGGAUCAGACAAGACAGAGAGCACUGGAGUUAUGUCAAAGAGGCAAAUGAAGAAGCUAAUGAAGCAGAAACAAUGGGAAGAGCAAAGAGAUUUACGCAGGCAGAGACGAAAAGAGAAACGCCAGAAAAGAAAACUGGAGCGUCAGUAUCAGUUGGAAUCUAACAAUGAAGGGAGUGACAGGAAGCGUAUACGUAGAGAUGUUAUUCCUAGUACUCUUCGCCUUAUUAUAGACUGCAGUUUUGACAACUUGAUGGUAUUAAAGGAUGUCAAGAAGCUUCACAAGCAAAUUCAGAGAUGUUAUGCAGAAAACCGUAAAGCAUUACAUCCUGUACAGUUUUACUUGACCAGCCAUGGAGGCCAGUUGAAGAACAACAUGAAUGAAAAUGACAAAGGAUGGGUCAACUGGAAGGAUAUCCAUAUUUCAUCAGAGCAUUAUAAUGAGCUAAUGAAGAAGGAAGACCUCGUGUAUCUUACAUCAGACUCCCCUGAUGUGCUGAAUGAAGUAGAUGAGACUAAAGCCUAUGUAAUUGGAGGUCUGGUGGAUCACAAUCACCACAAGGGGAUUACUUACAAAAAGGCACUAGAACAGGGAAUUGGUCAUGCACAGCUUCCACUUGGAAAUUUUGUGAAAAUGAACAGCCGGAAAGUAUUGGCAGUUAAUCAUGUGUUUGAGAUAAUCCUCUCUUAUCUGGAGAAGAGAAACUGGAAGGAAGCAUUUUUCAGUGUCUUGCCACCACGGAAAGGGGCCAGUCCUCUGGGCGAAGCCAAUGACUCCUCCAAAUGUGAGCUGCAUGAAAAAGAGGCUGGUGAAGAUAAUAGCUCGGACAGCGACUAGGCAACUGUGGAAGAGGGCAGGAAUGAGAAGUGCAUGUGGCACAAAGGAUAGAAAUAAGACAUGAGUUAGAUGAAACAUUUGAGAACAAUCUAUCUCACUAGUGGUAUUUGUUUAAGUGGCUACACUUGGAAUGACGUUGUAAAGAUUAAUGUUAUUUUUACCUUGAAAAUACUUCAUUUUUGGAGCUUUUUAUAAAGUAAAUUAAUGGCAAAUGCAGAACUUAUUUUGUUAUGGAAGCUAAUAUUUAUUUUCUUUUAAAAUAUUUUAUUUGAUACAUACAGAGCGGUAUUAUUUUAUUUUUCCUGAAGCUUGUGAUGAAACCUAAUAAUUAAUGUGUUUGUAACUGUCCCUGUUUUGUGUAUGUACCCUUGAUAUUUUAUUAUUCUUCCCUAUUCACCCCUAUCAUAUAUUAUGUCUUAAAAGCAAUGAGUGUCAAAGGUUAAUGAAUCUGAAAGCUCCUUCCAGCAUUGUCUGUUGCAAAGUGUGUAUAACCUCUCAUCAUCAGUGUGGGGGGUUUCUGAGCAAAGAACAGUCUUAUGGUCUCUGAAAAAAACAUUGGGAGCCAAGAACUCUGCUUUGGACACUUUAAAACAUAAUUUUUUAAAAAACAUCAUCUGUCACAGCAGACCUGCCUAUAGAAUGAGUAUCCUCCUUCUCUGGCAGGGUUGUGAAUAUUUCAAAAAAAAGUUACUCUUCUUGCCUCCUGAACUGAAGCUUUCUGUUCUAACUAAAUUUUUAAAAUAGCCAUUUCAGUACUCCUGAAGCAGGCCAGAAGACAGCAUUGGGGGCAGAAGGUGCCCUUUCACACCUGUGAGGCCAUUCUCUCAUCCCUUUCUGCAGGGGCUAUCGAGAAGGUAGCCAGUUGUAGUAUAGCUUUUGGGAUGUGGACAAGUACCUACCAAGAGCAAGUCUGCAAUCAUCAAUAGACUCCCAAAGAGCAUUUGGAUGAUAGCAGCUUCUGGGCACUUGUGACGUGGGCGGGUUUUGAACAGGGGCCAUAGAUGUGACUGGCUCUGUACCCAGCUCCAGUCCUCCUUCCACUGUCACCACUUUCAGACUGGGAAUUGAACUGGAAUUGUGUAGAUUUACAUGUGGCCUAUAGUUUUACAGGGUUGGCAACAAGCAAAUUAUGAUUGGACAUGUUCAGUGUGAUCAUUGUUGUGCUUUCUUUUUUUAAUAUAAAUUAAUUUUGAGAACUCAUUUAGGCAGCCAUCUGAUAAACUACAGUGAAGAUUCAUCUGCCUUAGGUCGUUGGCAACAGUUUGUUGCUCAAAUGAAAUGCUGUGGUGGGUUCAUUGUGUAGAUAUGCCACAGAGAAAUAUGUUACGUUUUGUCUCUGAACCUGGAGAAACUUUUGGACAAAAGCAUUGUCUUGUUUUGUUUGAAGAGCCAAAGAAAUGUACAGCAUAAACAAAGUAAAGCACUUGCCAGUACCAGUUUCCUUUGUUAAUAAACAAAUGUGUAAAAUGGCAAAGGUUCAAAGUGUACAUUUUACAGUUGAGGUAUUGCAUACUGCUGCACAUAGUAUUCAUUAAAUCUGAUCUAAGCAUUUCAUGUUUCAGUUAAGAUUUUCUAAUUCUGCCAUGUGUCUUGUUUCCUUCUCAGAUUUGAGCACAUUAAAAUUAAAUGCUACAAUUUAUUCAUGUGGAAUUAAUUCUACAACUCUAAAAGGUAGCUCUUCUGCAUUGUUGUAUUGACCAGACUUUUUUUUGGUAUGGUGGAAGUUACAUUUUUUUUUUUUUU